ACAUAUGUGCAUUUGUUUUUAAUUUGCUGUGUAAAAUAUAUAGAUUUAGCAAUUUUGAGGAAUUCUUGAAUUAAAAUGCUUAAAGUGAUACCUUUUGGACUGCAACAGGUCCGCGCCCUUUCGUCGGCAACAGCAUCCGUGACGCGUUUACAUCGAUCUGUGUAUUGCCGCAAUUAUCCAACUGUUGUUGUUCAUCCAGAUGGAUCCACAACUACUAUUCGGUAUCAUGAACCACGUAAAAUAAUCAAGCUGCCACUGGAUUUGAGCACAUUGUCCGACGUGGAACGCAAGGCGCGUUUGGAGGCUAGAAAGCCGCGCAAGAAGGUCAAGAUUAUGGAGGAAGUGGAGGAUAACUUUAAUGCCAAAAAGUACAUGAAGUACAUUAAGAAAAAAUAGAGUCAUUUGUUAUUUAUAAUAAAUAAAAACAUUGUACAUUUGUUAUAUAA